AAUUCAUCGCGUCGGCAGAAAAUUUCGAGCUGUGCUCAACAUCAAUUUUAAGGCAAAUGUUUAGUUUAUUAUUCGCAUACUUUGAAAGCAGUCAUAAGAACAAAUAUGCGAAAAUUAAUAAUUAAUGUGACCUUCCUUUUCGCCGUGUUUCGAAUGUGUUUGGCAGGCUCGACAACUGAAAAUGCGUACUCAAAUCAAGAAAUCGCAAAAGAGUGUGGAUCAACUGUGUAUAAUAUUGUUAAACCCAUGCAAGAAGACGUCCGACAAAUCAGUACGAGUAAAGAACUAGAACGAUGUGAACAAAAAGACCGAGAAAUAAUAGAAUUGAGAGCAGAGUUAUAUCAGCAGCAAAUCAAUGAAACUUUUGUGAAUGAAUUGAGAUCUCAAAUAGUUUUGCAAAAUGAAACCAAAGAAGCUUUGAUACAGGAAUUGCGAUCUCAGAUCGAGUUUCAAAAACAAACUAAUAAUAAAUUGCAAUCUCAGAUCGAUUUUCAGCAAGAAACUAUUAGCAAACUACUAUCAAAGUGCAAUAUUAUUGGGAAUUCUAGUGAAGAAGUUGAUGUUUCUCAAAAGAUAGAACAUUUCGAAGACCAACUGAACCAAUUAAAUGUUAGUCUUAAUGAAAUGGAUUUAGAAAUUCAAAGAAUUAAUCUGAAAAUUACAAAAGAGCCAGAAUAUGAAAAACAAUUACAGGAAAAUCUAGCUAAAUCACUAGUCGAUUUUCCCGCAAGCUGCGUUUCUUUUGGAAACAAUUCGGGUGUCCAUCAAAUAAAAGCAACGGGCUUUGAUUUCUUCAAUGUUCUAUGCGAUAGUCAGGCAGCUGGACCUGGAUGGUUAGUAAUUCAACAACGAGUCGGGGGAAAUGAGAGUUUUAGUCAAGAUUGGGAUACAUACCGCAAGGGAUUCGGUUCAUUUGAUAGUGAUUUUUUCCUUGGUCUGGAGAAAAUCCAUCAUCUGACAAGUUUACAGCAGUUCGAACUCUUUGUGCAUUUUGUUGCUUUAAAUGGCUCAACUUACAACGCUCAAUAUGACAACUUUAAAAUAUUUGAUGAAGAUAACGAUUACCAACUACAAUUGGGAAAUGGAAAUAUGGAGAAAGGACUAAAAAACAGUAAUGAAAAUCCAUUCUCAACAUUCGAUCGUCAUUUGGAAUAUUUAGACUCUCUAGAUUGCGCAGAAACAGUCAAAAGUGGCUGGUGGCACAAUAAUUGUCUCGAUUGGAAUUUAAAUUCUCUUAAUGGCACAGACGAAAUGUUGCAUUUCUUUGACGUUCCACUUAAAAAAGUCAUGAUGCUUAUACGCCCUAAAGAAAAAAUAUAAGUGCUCUAUAAAUUUUGAACUUAAUUACGAUUAUACUUUUUCUAUAAAACAUUGUUGGGGAUUUAUUAUUCAAUCAUUCAAUCCCUAUUAAAUUUGAGAAUUCAAGUACUAAACAACCUCUUUAUUCCAAUUCAUAUUAUUCAACCACAACUCAGCAAUCCGAUAAAUAAAAAUA